CAGCUUUCGAUUUUAGUACUUAUAAGACACGCGAGCUCCAUUCGAUAAACUAUGGUUGAUCUACCACUUACUUUUCUUACAAAUUUUCUGUAUGUACAAUUCGCGUAAUUUUAACUAACUAAAAAACAAAAAUAUAGUGAAAAUAGAGUAAAAAUCUUAAAUGUAAGUAUACUUCUUGUUGAAUGUUUAUCAGUGGUUCUGAAAUUCUUGGUUCGAGUAAAAGUUCAGGGGCUUUCACCGCUUAUUUCCGUCAACGAAGAAAGAAAGUGCGACGAUGCAUCGAGCAACGGUUAAUAAAUGUUAUUAACAAUCGUGUACGAAGUGACGUUACAAUGGGAGAAAACAUAGAAGACAUUGACCAUCUUCGGUUUGAUGCACACGGGUAAAAACGAGCUGGCUUUACGCUUUGCUGGCAAGACAAAACGUAGCCUUAUAAAAAUCACCGUUUCUCAUCGAACCCGACCUCACUCUUCUUUCAGUGACAAAACAAGCGACUUCUCCUACGAAAUUAUUUAUUCCGAGAUUACUUAUAGCGUGAUCUAUUUCGUUUUAUUUGUUGAGUACUUUCGUAUUAUUUAAUUGAUACGAUGUGGAAAGUGCAGUUUUUAUUUGUUAUGGCGUUCGUGAGUUAUGCGGUUCUGGCACGAAGCGCGAACGACGACCGUGACUUCGGUAAAGAAACGAACAAGAAACAUGGUGGUUCUAUGUUAAUGGAAAUCGCUAAGGAACUUGUGCAAAGAUCGUCUAGCAGCAGUCAAGUACUGAAUCUGAACUUGUCAAAUUUACUACUGCUUUUAGUGCUCAAAGCAGUUGUAUUUAGCGCAGGAUACUUGGGACACCAUGGUUAUAAAGCGCGGGAAUUAGAACAAGGUUAACUACUUAUCCUUAGUUAAAACGUUUUCAAAUAAAUUUUAAAAAACUAUCUGAAUAUAGUAUGUACGCCACCACUUGUAUACGAUUAGGUAUUAAAAGGAUUAAACACUUACAGAAAA